AAUUUAAUUUAUUUUAAAAGUUGCCAAAAUUGAAUUAUUAUAAUAGAAAACAUCAAAUAGCGGGUUUAUGGUAAUACAUAUCUAUUAUAAAUAGUAAUAGAUUAAAAUGUUAGGGUGGACUCUUCUCCCCACGUCCUCUUUAGAUUGGCCAUUAUAUUGAAAUAUUUAAUAAUUUUAAAUAUCUUUUUAUUAAUCCAAAUAUUUUAACUUAUCAUUAUUAAUUAGAUCAGAAUAUCUUUAUAAAACUCUUUCCAUUAUUUAAAAUAGAGAGUUUUUUCAUUGAGGAAAUUCCUAAGAAACCAAUCAAGAUUGCUUCUGCGUUCCGUUUGGGUUGAUGGUUACAGCUCGACCCAUCCCGACCGGCCCGGCUCUUUAAUGGGUCAAUUCUACAUGGUAAUACGAAUUCCCACGUGUCAGUCAUCAGAACUUUUCUCUUCACCUCUUUAUAUACAAACUUCUACUCUGUAGCCUAUCAUUACUCAUCACGAACUCUGUCAAGAAUUACCAUCUCACCCCUUCCUUCCAUGGGGAAUUACAUCUCCUGUACCCUAUCGGUUGCGAUAAUUGAAGCCCAAUCACAAGUGCCGAAGGUAAUUCUCCCCAAUGACGCCAUCCUCCAACUCAGCGCCAGAUUAGUAACGGCGGCAGAGCUCAUGCUUGACCACCCGGGAUAUUUUCUGGUUCAUUCCGGGGCCAUGCUCGUCAGCCGGCGGCUCUUUGCUCUAUCGGCUGAUGAAGAGCUCGAGCUCGGAGCCGUCUAUGUCAUGUUUCCCAUGGAUCGCCUCGGCUCGGUUGCCAGAGAGGAAGACAUGGGUCGGUUGCUCCUGGCUACAGGGAAGGAGGGCAGAAAGGGAGUUUCGGAGUCCACUGCUCAGAUGGCGUCGCCGCUGGAGCCGAGGACUGAGAUGGACGAUGCUUUGAUUGCGGAUUUCAUUUAUUUGAAGAGCUUGUCCAGGUCGAAGAGACCUGCAAUGGACACGAUAAUGGAGGAGGCCUUCCAUUAGCAAAUAUAUGCUUGAAA